GGUUUGUUUUGUUAAUCCAGUUCUCGGGAAAGUGGAGGAGCAUUGGAGGUGUGGCUCCUCAUGUGGAAUUCCCCUGAACUCACCUGAGUCCACCCCCCCAACACACACACACACACACAGGAGUAUAAAGCUGUUCAGGUGUUAAAAGCAGCAGGUGCAUCUAUCGCUCAGAGGGACACACUUAAGGAGAGCAAACCGUACAUACGCAACCUGAGGAUUCACUCAGAUCUCUCUGCAUCAAACUGAAGCUAACGCUGUUAACAGAGUCUCCAUGUCAUCACCGUGCCUCAGCAGCGUUCUGACCUGUGCCAACCUCACCAUGUACCAGACAGGGGAAGUCCUGCUGCAGCAGACCAGUGUGCUGCCCAGUAUCAACACCCUGCAGACCAACAACACCACCCUGCAGACCAACAACACAGCACACAACUCCAGCAUGGGGGGUGACUGGUACGGACACAGCAGCCCUCAAUGCUGGUCCACAGAAAAUGUUCUGGAGUGGAUCAGUGACCACGUGGAGAGCUCAAAGUUUGAUGCCAGGACCCUGAGUCUGGCCCGUUGCACCAUGGAUGGCCCCACCCUCUGCGUGAUGACCCAGGACCAGAUGUUUGCGGUCUUUGGCCCACAGCUUGGACUACAGCUGCACCAGAGCCUACAGGAGCACAAGACUAAAUAUGAGCUCCAGAGCUUUUCAGCACCAGAACUAAACGAGACCUGCCAGCUGCUAGACCACUUCUUGGACAACCUGAACAACCUGAACUUCCCUUUGCUCAGCACCAUCAGGAUUGGUCAAACUGAAGGAGUCGACAGCAGGAGAGAGUUUGACUGCAGGGAGGAUUACGAUCUGAGCAGUGUGUCUCUGGAGCCCAUGACACCUUGGGGAGACUCUGGGUACCUGUCUGAUAAUCAGUCUGACAGCGAGUUCAGCUCCUCCUCUAACAGCGGCAUGUUUGGCUUCUCAAACCUCAGCUCACCAGAGUCCGGCAGCUGUGAGUCAGACCCAGAGUUCUCCUACCCUGCUAUUUCUAAGGUUCACAUUAAAACAGAGAAAGGAGAGUCUCGUCUGAAGCGGCCGCGGGGCCGACCUCCCAAAGCCAGCAGAGAGAACAGCAGCAGCUUCUACGAGAAUCCAAAGAAGAACAAACACGCUCCUCGAGGCACUCACCUUUGGGAGUUCAUCAGAGACAUCCUCAUUCACCCUGAGAGGAACCAGGGCCUGAUGAAGUGGGAGGACCGCCGCGAAGGCGUCUUUAAGUUCCUAAAGUCUGAGGCGGUUGCUCAGAUGUGGGGCCAGAAGAAGAAAAACAGCAGCAUGACCUACGAGAAGCUCAGCCGGGCCAUGAGAUAUUACUAUAAGAGGGACAUCCUGGAGCGGGUCGACGGUCGGAGGCUCGUCUAUAAAUUUGGGAAGAACUCGAGCGGCUGGAAGAUGGAGGAGAUCGGCAUGUGAGACACAGAGAGAAAGAAGAAGAACUCGUGUGAUCUGUGUAAAAAACUUUGAAUGUUUAAGACACAAACUUCCUCUCAGAGGGAAGGUGUUGCAGAAAACGUAAGCCAGUGUUUUUGGCUCUUGUAGGUUUUAUGAACCGAUAUUAAUGUGAUGUUUUGUGUUUCUGAUUAUUACUGCAGAAACGUUCAUGGACAUCAGUUUUUCAUGCUUUGUGAGUUUCUGUCCAACAGGCAGGAACAAAAUGUAUUUGAGCUCACUCUAAUGUUUGUGCUCCUUUUUGUACUAACGCUGUACGUGCCUUUCUUUAUGCGGUCUGGUUCUCAGGCCGGGUUGUGGUCCUGAGAUCGAAUGUUUUUGGUACUUUUAUUUAA